AAGAGAUGACUGCGUACAGUACGGCGUCUUAUUGGCAGCGCCCGAGUUCAUUCUUGUUCACAGAACCAUGUGACUAUCGGUAACAUUAGACACUUUACAGUGGAAAAGCCAUUGUUCCGGGAUCUCCGUGGUAGACUUGACUUGAGAACUUCUGCGCUUCGCCUGUGAUGAGCUCUGCCUGCGGCCAGUCUCACAUACACCAGGUCUGUCUGGACGCUGCGCGCAAAAGCUCUCCGAAAUGUUUUGGUUCAUGCAGGGACUGUGCUUUUUACCAGCGUUCCUGGUCAUCUGGUCCUCCAGCACCUUCAUUGUAAACUACAUCAUUGCGAUUUUUAGAAAGGAUGUCGAUGUCAUCUUUCCAUACAUAAGUGAUACAGGUGCGUUGCCCCCAGAGAGCUGCCUUUUUGGCUUGAUGACGUUCAUCUCUGCAUUCGCAGGAGCGGCCACUAUGUACGCCAGAUACAAGUACGUGGAGAAGCUGAGCGAGGAAACCUCUCUGGUGCGCCCAUGUCUGAAUAAAGCUGCCCUGGGACUGGGGAUGCUGGCAUGUUUGGGCAUGUGCAUUGUUGCCACUUUCCAGGAAACAACGGUGACACGGGUUCACGAUGCUGGAGCUGUGCUGUUCUUCCUCACUGGUGUCUUAUAUGCAAUCUUCCAGUCUGUUAUAUCCCAUCGCAUCUAUCCAUUUGGAUCCUCCUUGACUGUGUGUCGCAUCCGUACAGCUAUUGCCACCCUCGCCUGCUUGGCCUUCUUCCCCACUCUCAUCUGUGUAUUUUUCGUGAAACAAACCAAGCUGCACAGAGACACACACGACGAGGACUACACCUACCAUCUAGCCAGUGCUGUGAGCGAGUGGAUCGUGGCCUUCAGCUUCGUCUGCUUCUUCCUCACCUACAUUGAUGAAUUCAAACAUUUCACCCUGCAGGUGAGAACGGAGUACGUGGACGAUUGCUGACCGAGCUGCAAAUUUCUGUGCCAACAUUACCUGAUAUCAGUGUUAUUUUGUUUACUUCCAGGAGGCUUUUAUGCUCAGGCGUUUUUGUAUCCAAACUACAUAUUACUCUGCAGGGCUUUUACACGAUUAUGUGUUUGGUACGUCUUACUGACUUUGCCUGUUUUUGCCUUGUUAUUUAUGAAAUAAGCAUCACUGGCUGACUGUCUGGUUUUAGUGACGGUGUGUGAAAAGACAAAACAACUGACCAUGGCCUCAAUCUUUAUACUUUUUAUACAGACCAUUGUAACUUAUACUUGUUGCUGUGUUUAGUGAAAUAUGGCUCUUUGCACUUUGCUCGUGACUGUUGCCACACACCACCACACGUCCUGCCUGACCUUUGACCACUAAUAAGAGAAGUUGAUCACACAGCGAGCACAUCACAUGAACGCUGCGCAUGUGCCACCACUAAACACAGGAGUUCUUCAAGCAAACGGUAAUUCAAUCAGUAUUGAUGAAUAUGAACCACUUUGUCCCAAACUGAGAAACCUGAGAAACAAGACUCUAAUCUGGGACAGUCUGACAUAUCAUGAGAUUAUUUGUCUUUGUCACAAAUGGUGCCAUUUUCACUGCUGUCACAUUUGAUUCUCUCAACAAAUAAGAGCAAAAAAACAUUUUAUAUCUUUGGUGAUUGUUCAUUAAUGCAGAUUUAACUGAAGAGGAAACCCGGUUGUUCCUCUUCAUAUGGCAUGUGGUCAGUAAAGGCCAGGCACAUGAUCACAUUUUAUUACCUUUUUCACUACACAAGGGAAUGAGUUUAUUUUUGUAUUGUUAAUUUUUUGCUUAUGAUCGAAUGUAUACAUUAUCAUGGUGCACUGCUGAGCUGAAAAAUAAAGGAGCACAUUUUUUUAAG